AUUUCUUUAUAAAUUAUAAGUUAAUAGCAGUGAAAAGUAUAUCAAUCAAGUUAUGUCAACAGACUUCUCAAGUCAGUUUUUGAAUAUUCUGGACACACGUCUCUGCACUUUUUCAAGGAGGAGCUUGUCCCCAACCUCAGAGGGGUCUUGUGCUUCAGGCGCAUAUCCCAAGAUGGAGCAGACAAGGGCCUGGGUUCUAAAGGCUUUCCACGGGACACUCGGACUUGAUUGAUCUUGCUAUAACAUAAUUUGCAGAAGUGGAGGCAAUAAGUGCAGUUAUGCCUGGUUUUCCGUUGGGCUUCAUCGGAGCAAGCCUGUUCACUAUAGGGGUCUUCAUUAUUGCAUGGAUUUUAGCAAAAAGUCUGAAGUGCAAUCCUUCUCUGAUGUUUCAAGUCUUUUUUGGUGUACACCCUGGAAGUCUACAGAACAAAGUGGUGUGGAUCACUGGAGCUGGCUCUGGAAUUGGAAAGCAACUUGCCCUGGAUUUGACAAAGUAUGGAGCAAAACUUGUCAUCCACAGUCUCCCUGGAGAGGACCUGGAUUCUUUGAAGGAGCAGUGUAUUCUUCUGGGCUUCUUGAUUCCCCAUAAACCCAUAGGUGGUUCUCAAGGGAAGAUCUCUUCUGAAGAUAUAUACCUAAUCCAUGGGGACAUAACAAGUGGAAAUUUACACCAACAAUGGGUUACUGAUGCCCUCAAGCACUUUGGUCAGGCAAGCACUGUCAUAGCUGGCUCCUUUGAGGAAACCUCUGUAGAAGAUGAUAGGAAGAUGUUUGAAGUAAAUGUGUUUGGAGGUGUCCAGUUAACACGAGCAUUGAUCCCACAUUUCAAGGAAAGAAGGAAGGGUCAUGUUGUGGUGACAUCAAGCAUGUUGGGACGCAUGUUUUCUCCUUCUCAGGCUGUUUACAGUGCCUGCAAACAUGCACUUUUUGGAUACUACCAGGCUCUGGGGAUUGAAGGUGGGAUGUAUGGAUUGGAUGUAACAAUAAUUUGUCCUGGGCCAGUUAAAACACCUUUGAUCUUCAAGCCUUUCAGCAAUGUGAACAAGUCUUUCAUUGACUCUCAGAUGCUUGUAAUGAUCCCCAUUGAUCUCCAUGGCUUACUGGCUGGACAAGUGAUAUGGAUCACAGGAGCCUCUAGUGGGAUAGGUGAGGCAUUAGCAAUAAGACUAGCAUCUCUAAAGGCACGCCUCAUCUUGUCUGCACGGCGUUUGGAAGAACUCCAAAGGGUUAAAAGUCUUUGUCUGGAAACUUCACUUGGGAUGCUUAGUGAAGACUCAAUCCUCCUCCUUCCAAUGGACGUGACAGAAACCGAGAAACACAGCAUGCAUCUAGAAACUAUAAUAAAACACUUUGGGAAAUUGGAUAUCCUGGUGAACAACGCUGGCCGGUCUCAAAGGGCUGAAUUCCAGAGAGUCCAAGUUGAUGUGGAUCGGGCUCUGUUUGAACUCAAUGUCUUUGGUCCUGUGGCCUUAGCCCGAACGGUUCUUCCCCACUUUGUUGAGAGAGGAUCUGGGCAAGUUGUGAUCACAUCCAGUGUAAUGGGGAAGUUUGCUGCUCCAUAUUCAUGCUCAUAUGCUGCCUCUAAGCAUGCCCUUCAUGGAUAUUUUGAGACAUUGAGAGCAGAACAGGCACUGUCUGGAGUUCAUGUGACUCUUCUUUGUCCUGGACCAGUCUUGACAAAUGCAGCUCAAGAAUCUUUCACAGACACUCCUGGCCAGAAGGUGGGAAAACCUUGGGGACAAGGAGGUCGAAUGACCAGUGAAAGAUGUGCCGAUCUCAUUAUGGUAGCCAUAGUGAAUCAUAUUGAUGAAGCUUGGAUCUCACAACAGCCUGUGCUUACCAUUUGCUACCUAGCUCAGUACUUCCCUUCAUUCAUGCGCAAGGCAAUGAGCAUCCUUGGCCCUCGGAUGGCAAACAAACUACGCGAUCAGGAA